AGGCUCCCACGAGAUAACUUCAACGCAAAGGCUCCAUUUUCCUUCAUCCUCGACACUUCUGCGAGCCGCACAAAAGCUUCAGUUCCUCCCCUCAUUGCAAAUCUACACACCGCUCCGAUUCUCAGUUUUAUCUACCACUCUCACAUUCAUUCUUCUCAAUUGAGAUUCCUUCUCUCUCUUACUUACUAAUCGCAUUAGUUACCCCUUAUUAAUCCUCAUGUAACCACUCUUUCCUUUCUUUUUUUCAUGUUUGUUAACAUUUUUCAACCACAUAAGUUUAAUUGGCAUCGAGAAGUAUCGAAUUGGCUAGUAUCUCGAAGGAAGGAUCAUGGCAACGAUAGUUUUAAGUGGAGUGUAUUUGUUAAAAUAAAAUAUCAUUAAAAAAAGUUGAAAUUUGAAAUUAGGGUAAAAUUAGAUCCACAAUUAAACAACCCUCAAACAUCAAACUCACAAAAUGUUUUUGACGUGUCAAAAUGAAAGAAGAAGAAGAAGAAGAAGGAAACCGAAAUGGCCAAAGAGGCAAAAACAUUGAAUCGUUCUGAAUCGUGAUUCGUCCGUCCUCUACCUCUGACUUUUCGUCCUCGCGUUAUCAAUUGAAAGACAAAACCCAGCUCCGUUCUACAUCCGCUCGCCGUCGCCAUAACCGCAUCUCAACAGCCAUUCACCUCCCUCGGCCGCGAUCACGAGCCAGCUGCCCGUCUCUCGAAUUUUGACCCUCGCCGCCACCACCGGCCACCACCCUAGGCGUUCCUCCGCUUAAAAACCGCCGGUCGAGCAACCGUUCCGUCCAUCCCGCUUCCCUCCAUCACAAGCCAGAACUUUGAGUCUGAUCCUCCCACUAGUAAGGUAAGUUCGCUUUGAGUUUCCCAGUUCUCUGUUGAGAUUGGAAUUGGGACGACGGCGGUUGUCUUCAUUUUAGGCGAUAGCCCAAUUUUUCGCGCGUUUGAAUGGUGGGUUCGUUACAUGAAAUCGAUUGAUUGAACAAAAAAUCGGAAGAACUUGUAUCUUAUGGUUGAAACUCUAUGGGAAUGGGGAUGUAAAAGUUGGGUGCUGAAUACUCCUUCGUUUCGACGAGUGAAUGGGGGAGCAGAUAAUUUUCAUUUUAAUGUUUAUAGAUGGGUCUUAUGUUUCCAUUUUGAUGUUUCAAUGGCAAUCGCUCUCUAAUUUAAUGUUAGCUAGUUAAUCACUGAAGCUGAUUGAACUACAGGGUGCACCCUAUAUCUGCCAGCAGGAGGGUAUAAUUUGCUUGAGCUGAUUUCAAGGUUAUAUCACUUGCGAGAGAUGGACAAUGACAAUGAUUUCACCUUCUGCAAGGUAGCUUCAUCUGCUGAUGGAGAUGAUGCCAAGGCAAAGACUCUGGCGUCAGAGAUAGGCGGAAUAACAAUUGAAGAUGACAAGUCGACAAGAAUAAGUGACGAUAAGGGUAGUAGUGUUGUCUGGAAAGAUGGUGUCGCCUCUAAGGAGGAGAAAACUGCUGGAACAUUGUCUUUUACUGUCGUUGAUAAAUCAACACCACAGCAGUCUAGUGAUUCAUUGCCGCAGGUAGCAUCUAGAAAUGGUGACACUUCUGCUAAGAGUACGCAAAGACAGACUCCUGCUAGGAAGCCUGCAGCCCGAGCCAAGGUCCCUUUUGAGAUAGGGCAUAGCCAAAUGGAUUGGCUUAACCUAACUCGAACUAACCCCGAUCUUGCAGGAUUAAACGGACAAUCAAACAAGAGAUUGAUUUCCAUAGAUGAAGUUAAACAACACCGGGCAGAAGGUUCAAUGUGGACUGUGCUGAAAGGUCGUGUGUACAAUUUGUCCCCAUACAUGAAGUUUCAUCCGGGAGGUGUUGAUAUGUUGAUGAAGGCAGUUGGCAAGGACUGUACAUCACUAUUCAACAAAUACCACGCUUGGGUGAACGCAGAAUUCUUGAUGGAGAAAUGUCUGGUUGGGAUUUUAGAUGACACUUCCAAAUAUGCGCCAGAAGAUGCAAAAUGUUGUGACAGAGAGUUGGAUUAGCAUCUCUUUCUGUAGUACCUUUAUCAUCUCAAGUCUCAACAUUGCUGAAGAAUGGAGCACUAGUCCCAGAGAAUAUUACAUAUGUUGUUCAUAGGCUAUCAGGCCUCAGCGAUACAUUGUCGCUCUGCUUAGAUUGCUUUUUCGUGUCAAUCCUCUUUCUUAUUUUUCUGGUAUCUAGUAACGUACUAACGUUCAAGAUUUCUUGGCGAUGUUAGUUGAAUUGCCGUGAUAUGUACAAACUUACUAGGGGUCAUCUGGGGUUGCCCGCUAGAUUUUUAUCGAUGGAUUUUCUGUGAUGGAUUGGGUUCAAAAUGUACUGUGAAGGGAUUGUUUCAAAUUACACUAAUGUAAAAACUCUCAAUUACACUCAUAAAAACGACCUUAUAUU